AUGAGACCUAAAUAUCCGUUUGGUAAAUGGUUUUCAGCGUUUGGAAGAACAGGGAUAUUUAGAUUUUCAAAGAACAAAAAAGUGCCGUUUACAUUCGCAUCAAUAUCAGGAAUAGGUCGUGGGACCUUUAGCAAGGUUGUACUUGCAAUAUUAAUUCCAUAUUCAACGUAUGCGUUAUAUAUUUCAUUUAUGGCUAAUAGAAGGAUUAAUGAAAGGGCAGCUAAGAUAAAACAUGAAGAUUCCCUAGAAUUUAAUGACACGUUAAUAAAAUACUCCCAGUUACAAAUAUUAGGUCGGUUUGAAAAUCCAUUUACUGAAUAUCGGAUUCAGACGGUCUACGAAUUCUUUGCAAACAGGAUAAUAGAACUAUUCCAAAGGAAACAAGCUGUACCGAAUCUUGAGGGGGAGAUGGGCUCCUUGAUGCCAGUCCAUAAACCGGAUUGGACGGGUGACCCAAAGAGCUUACAGCAAUCUCAUUCAUUUGGCUACGAAGUACUUAGCGCUCACGACGCUACAGCUAAGAACUCAGAACCUAAUAUGCAUACUAUAUACUCAACGUGGCUUGGGCAGUCUUGCAAUUAUGUUGUAUAUCGUGGGAUUAAGAUCUUGACAGACCCAAUCUUCUCGGAUUAUUUGCUACAUGAGACCCUCGGUCCAAAACGGAUUACUGCUAAGCCUGCAGAAAUUGAGAAAACCCCAAUACCUGACAUUAUAAUUGUGUCACAUAACCAUCCUGAUCACUUAGACCACGUUAGCAUGAGGCAUUGGGGUUCCGAUUGCGCCAGGCAACCGCUCUGGAUUAUACCCAAGGGUUUAGGACAUUUUUUGGAAAGAAACAAAGUUACAAGGUACGUAGAAUUAUCAUGGUGGGAGACCUGCCAACUAAACUUUACACAUGCUUUAAGUGAAUUUCCCGAGAAGCUUGAGAUUGUCUGUACUCCAGCUAUGCAUUGGUCAGGCAGGGGUAUACUAGACGUUAAUAGAUCUUUAUGGGCAUCUUUUCUUCUGCGGGAUGAUGGAAAGCCGGUUUUAUUUCAUGCCGGAGACACUGGUUACGUUAAGGAUUUAUACAUUAGGAUUAAAGAGAAGUUCGGCUCGGGAGUGAAGUUAGCGUUGCUACCAUGUGGUCAGUAUUGUCCAGAAUGGCACCAACGCCCUAGACACAUAAACCCUGAGGAGGUAAUUAAAGUUAUGAAAGAUUUAGAAGCUCAAAAUGUAUUGGGAAUCCACUGGGGUACAUUUACUCUCAGUAGUGAGUAUUUCAGAGAACCUAAGGAGAGGCUAGAAAUGCUCGCUGAAUUAACUGGCAUUCGCAACACCUGUUACUGUCCAGAACUAGGAAAAACAAUUGCGAUACGCUGA